UUGCUCCCAGAUAUAAUAUCAAGACUAAGGAAGCAUGGUAUUCAAACAUUAAGGUUUGAAACAUAUAUCCAUAUAUAUAUUUUACUUUUUUAAUAGAAGGAUGUCUUUAUAAUAAUUCAAAUAUUUGACACAAGUUUCUUCUUAUUACUUUAUUUUCUCAUUUAUUACUUCAAUCAUUUCACCAUUAGGAGGUUAGGAAUAUAACGGGUCGAGAGAGUUUGGCACUUUAUGUACAGUGCUCCAUUUUCUUGGCCUGUUUUCAAGGUCCCUAUAUUAUAUACACGCCAUGCCAAACUCUUCUCGGUGUAGGAAGUGUUGCUCCUUUUCUACACUUUAAUAUACAUUUGUUUCGGCAUUUAGCAUUAAUAUCAGUAUUGGAAAGUACAUAAACAAGAUAUUUCGUCACCUAAUCUCGUCAUACAUUAACGGGUAGAUUAGUCCUAACACGUGAUGUAAUUGAAAUAUUAGAAUUUUGUAACUAUACGCAUAUAUAUUAUCGAUUUUAUAUUAAUUAUUUAUUUAUUUAUUCGGAAAAGAGAGAACACGCGAUGUAUAAACGUAAAUAUGAAUAUAUUUCCCAAAUUGUCUUAUUCAAACGGGAACGCGGAUUUUGUUUCAACUAAACAGUUUGAGCAUAAAAGCGAUGAGAGAGUAUUUUGUACGAAAGACAAUUUAGAGGAAUCUUUACAUGAAUUAUCAGAGGAACUUUCGUCAUUUGGUAUUGCAUCGGUAACUCCAGACAACAAUGACGAUCUGCAAAGUGCAGAGUUAUUAAAACAGCUAUCUGUAAAAGUAAUAAAUUCUACUUGGAAUCUGAUACAUAAAUAUAGAUCAUUAAUGCAGCUAUACGAGAAGACAGUUCUUUCAAAUCGCAAGACUUGUAAUGAUAAUGUCCACCUGAAGCGUCACAGGAAAAUGAAUCAAAUAACGCGUCUGAAGGAAGAUUUGCAAAAGAACGAACAAGCGUUGUGCGAGGCGGAAAAGAAAAAGAAUAAACUGCAAGACGAUUUAAAAGACGUGUCGCGCGAUCUAAAGCAUAUGAAAGAAGAGACACAGAAAUUGAAGAAACAAGUUCAAUCCAAAGACGUUCAACAUAAACACGAAAUAAACAGAAUUUUGCAGAUUAACCAAAAAUUGCAGAACCACUUGCAAAAGCCCACCGUUCAGAGAAAAGUCUCGCCAAAAACACAGACGGAUCAAGAGAAGGAAUUGGCUUCGUACAAAAAAACCGUCUGUCGUUUGGAAGAGAACAACAGGCAGAUGUUGGAAGAAAUCAAUAAACUAAAUGAGACUCUGGCGUUACAUAAGGAGGCAAUCGAUUUGCAGAUGCUAGCGUCUGGUGCAUGGACCGAUGUGAAUGAGUAAUUAUUGACUUUAAUUGGUGCUUAUAAUGUACUUUGAUAUUGUAAGAGAAUAAUGAAAUGUGCCUUGGCGCAGUAAAAAAUAGAGCAAAAUGUAAUCAAAAGUAGUACACGCGCCAGGGCUUAAAACAUAUUCAUGUGCCCCGUAAAAUCUUAAUAAUAAUAAUAGCAACGUUUGUUACAAACACCGAGCUGAAUAUUUAAUUUGCAUGCAUCUUAUAGAUGCGAUUGAUAUAGAUUUUAUGAAAGAUUUUUUAGACAUUUGAAAUUUUUGUCAUAAAAUAAAGAUACUUUGUGAAUCCCGAA